GAGGCCAAAGCAGGAUGUGCACGCGUACGCGGUCCGCUCCCGCCGGCGUGCGCCUGAGCGCGGACGCUCGUGCAACGCAGGACCGCGGAGGGCGCGCGUGCGCACAGGUCCUUGCCCGCUCCGCCGCCGUGCCCUGGCGGCGUGGUCCGGGCGCGUCGCCUCCCCGGCGCAGUGGCCCCGGCGACGUGGGCCCUUCGGCGCCCGCCGCCCCGCGGCCUCCCUUUGGGCUGCCCCCCCCCCCCCGCCCUUUUCGGCAUCGUCUCUCCGAGCCCCGCCCCCGCGGGGCCACGGACGGCAUCUCAGAGCCUGUGUUCUCGGUUGUUGUUUUUCCCCACGGACCCCAUCUUCCUGCGGCACUGCUCGGGCGGCGUCGGUCUGCCGAGAGGCCCUGGGGCCCGCAGCCGCGCGGCAGCGCCCGCCGUGCAGAGGUGGCGGCGCGCCGGCAGCUCGGGGACGCCGCGCGGGGGUCCGGAGGCCUCGGUCAGGCGAUGCCCGGGGCCCGUCCCUCUAGCGGCCCGAUGGACUCCGCCCCCGCCCGCCGCGCUCGCGCUGCGGCCGCCGGCCGCCGCCCCCGCGCCCUCCCGGCCGCCGCCGCGGGCGCGCUCGCGCUGCUGUGCGGCAGGUCGCUGGCCGCGUGCUUCGCCGCGCCGCGGCCGCUCGGGGAGCCCGCGCGCGUCCCCGCCGUGGCCCGCGGCGCCGGGUUCGGCGACGUCGAGGCGCCGGAGGCGAAGCCGAAGAAGGAGGUGAGGAGGAGUAGCGCCGUCAAGCAGGAGGACCUAGAGAGGGACCACGGGGACAUGUGGCAGGCGGUGGACUCCAUCUUUAGCGGACAGAAGGCCGAGAGCCCAGAGGUCAUCAUGCGGGCGCGGUUCACCGCGCUCAAGUUCAAGGACCCGAAUUUCCUCGCGGCCACCGAGCUCGACGAAGACAAGAGAGAGCUCAAGGAGCGUGCCGACCAGUGGGCGGUCACCCUCGGGCUGAAGGACAAGAGCCCCUUCGACUUCAUCGUCCGGCUGGGCGAUGAGGGCAGCCCGAACCGUCACAGUCAACCCGCACAGUAAUGAUGAGCGACUUGCCCAAGGUUGCCUUUGCGUCCUUCCCCUUUGUGCCUAUCCUUGGCCGCUCUCGCUGGCCGCGCCC